AUGGAGAUGUACACACGACGCAGUAUCGGCAGAGUCACGGAGGGCUUGUUGCUCCGCAUAGCCGAGAAUGUCGACAUCGUUGAGCCCGUAUCCAAGUUUACCGAUCGCCUAAAGGCAACGACAGGAGUGCGGACAAUAUUCAAUGUCGGGCUAGAGGACUGGCAGCCCCCAGAAGGGAUCGAGUACGACCUGAUCUGGACACAGUGGUGUCUAGGCCAUCUCACAGACAGCCAACUGGUAGACUACCUUCAACUUUGCAAGACCGUGCUCAAGCCAGACACGGGCGUAAUCGUCAUCAAAGAGAACCUUAGUACCGGCAGCGUCGAUAUGUUCGACAAUGAGGAUAGCAGUGUAACAAGACGAGAUGAGACGUUUCGGCAUCUCUUUGAAACGGCAGGGCUGAAACUGGUGAAGACGGAGAUCCAGCGCGGAUUCCCCGAAAUCCCGCCAAGGAGGCUUCUCCCAGUGAGGAUGUAUGCGCUCAAACCCUGA